UAGUGUGUAUUUUUUAAUUGGGGAGAGUAUUUGAGGCAAACCGAAAGUCUCGGGGCGGGGGAAGUGACUGGAGCCUGGGCAUAAUCGAUGAGUCGCCGGAGUUGAGGGAUACACGUUGAAGGUGACAAUGACUUUUCUCCACCGCAGUGUUCUCUCGCGGAAAGGAGCCCGGCGGCCGAAAGGCCUGAGAGGAAAGCGACUCGCUGGCCACCGCACAGCGGCCGGGGUCGGUGCGUCCGCGUGGGCGCCAGGCGCGGGCAGGGUCGGGCGCCCUUGUGAAACCUCGUGGUUAGUUGACUUCAGCCCCCAGACGAGGGUGGACAAUAAACGCCAUUCGCUCGGAAAUUUAAGUUGCCAUCGGCUUCCGAGCUGGCGGUUGAGGGGCUUUAAAUCGGCCUUUGGGGGUCAGUACUGGGCUCUGCCGGAGCGCACGCGGCGUGGCGUUGUUUGCUCAACUCCGGAGGGAUGCGGAUGCGACAAUGAGAGCAACACGCGGUCGCUUAAAAACAGCCGGUCUUCCACUCGCCUACCCACCUCGGACCGCGCCCAAGCGCGUCUGGUGUCCGGGGUGCCUUCAGAGCCCAAAGUUUUGCUCCCCGUGCGUUCACCUGUAGCGUAGGUGUGUGGGCGCCACGGCGAGGGCUUCCCGUUUGUGGGCGGCCGUCCGCGCUGUAAGAUGGCCAGGGAAGCCAACUUGGCCGGGGACGGAGGCGGCGGUGUUGUGUGCGCCGCAGGAGUCAGUGAACUCCGUUGGGCACUGCUUUUUGUGUUCUACGUGACAGACCACGUGCUUCGGGCGCGACCCUGGUCCUGGUCCGAAUGUCCAGCCCCGCGUGAGCCGUGGGAUGCGGCCGCCGUCGGGCAGGUCCAGCCGGCAGGACAAUGUGGUUUGCCGAUGAUGGCGUCUUGCCAGUUUAAAAAGCAGAGUGAAAGUCGCCAACUCCGCCUGUGUGGGGCGGGUAUUCCGGGCGUUUCUCAUCAAGGACACUGCAAAACUUUGAUUAAAUGGGGCCGCUCUCGAGGGGAAGAGCGGGGGGGGGGGCUAGGUUCUGGACUCCUAGGGGCGCCGGGUCCGGACCCCUCUCUGGGGUGAUCGUCCAGUGUCCGGCCCCUGCGAAACGCGCCUACAUCCCUGAUGCUGCACGUAGGCAGCGCCCGGCUGGACAGAAAACAAAGGGCUGCAUGUGCCCGUGCGGGCCCCCGGCGCUUGGGGGCAGCCGCCGGGGCUGAGGGCCGUGCGGGUCCGGGCCCCCAAAGUUCGGGCGAGUUUCAGGAGGGGCUUUUGUUCCUCAGCCCCCUCGUGGGGAAACUUUGGCGGCGCUACUUGUGCGAGGUGCCAUGCUGGUGCGUAGGGAGACGGCGUGCUUUCCCGCUCCCGGCGCGCGAGCGGGCAAGGGAGGCGGCAGUGCCCGGCGUUUCAGUUCCGGCGCCGGGGACCGCGACAGCCGAGGGGUUCGGAGACUGUGGCCCGGACUCCUCGGCCCGUUUCUCUUGGCCCGAGAGCUUGUGUCUGGGAGAUCUGUGGGUUCGCCUUUGAAGUCGAACUGUUGCCAUGUUUGAAUUACGUCAGGGCAAAGCCAUGAGGAGGAACAAGCCCCGGCAGCCCUGCGUGCGGGAGGCGCGGCCUGCGGGAGGCGCCGGGCCCGGCGGGCGCGGGGCCCGUUGUUCCGGCGCAGGUGAGGGAGGCUGCGGCGAGCGACGCAGUUCACCUCCCGUUGCCCUCGCUCUCGCCCUUGCCCUCGCCCUGGCGAGCGGCCCCCGCAGGAACUUUCCUCUCGACGCGAGAUGUCUUAUUUACCAACAAAUCCAUCAGGGAGCAUUCUUAUUUGCGGGCUCGGCGUCUCUCUUGGCGGUCACCGGAGUACCCGAGGGGGAGGCGCGGUUUACGGAAGACUGUUGCCCAGAAGAAAAGAUGUUUGGUUUUCACAAGCCAAAGAUGUACCGAAGUAUAGAGGGCUGCUGUAUUUGCAGAGCUAAGUCCUCCAGUUCUCGAUUCACUGACAGUAAACGCUAUGAAAAGGACUUCCAGAGCUGUUUUGGAUUGCAUGAGACUCGUUCAGGAGACAUCUGCAAUGCCUGUGUCCUGCUUGUGAAAAGAUGGAAGAAGUUGCCAGCAGGAUCAAAAAAAAACUGGAAUCAUGUGGUAGAUGCAAGGGCUGGACCCAGUCUAAAGACUACAUUGAAACCAAAGAAAGUGAAAACUCUAUCUGGGAACAGGAUAAAAAGCAACCAGAUCAGUAAACUGCAGAAGGAAUUUAAACGUCAUAAUUCUGAUGCUCACAGUACCACCUCAAGUGCCUCCCCUGCUCAAUCUCCUUGUUACAGUAACCAGUCAGAUGACGGCUCAGACACAGAGAUGGCUUCUGGUUCUAACAGAACACCAGUUUUUUCCUUUUUAGAUCUCACAUACUGGAAAAGACAGAAGAUAUGUUGUGGGAUCAUCUAUAAAGGCCGUUUUGGGGAAGUCCUCAUUGACACACAUCUCUUCAAGCCUUGCUGCAGCAAUAAGAAAGCAGCUGCUGAGAAGCCAGAGGAGCAAGGGCCAGAGCCUCUGCCCAUCUCCACUCAGGGGUGGUGACUGAGGUUUUUAUGUGGAAGGGGUAUAGAAAAACCAUCUAAAUUUUGAAAAGACCACAAAGCAACAAACUGACCCUCUUUUUUUUCCCACCCUCGAGACGGAGUUUUGUUCUUGUUGCCCAGGCUGGAGUGCAGUGGCAUGAUCUUGGCUCACUGCAACCUCUGCCUCCCGGGUUCAAGUGAUUCUCCUGCCUCAGCCUCCCGAAUAGCUGGGUUUACAGGUGUCCGCCACCACACUCAGCUAAUUUUUAUAUUUUUAGUAGAGAUGGGGUUUCACCACAUUGGCCAGGCUGGUCUUGAAUGACCUUCUUAUUUGUAACUUGGAUACCUGCUAUUCUGCCAAAAGACAACUUCUAGAGUAGUUUUGAAUGGGUUGAUUUUCUCCAGUCCUACAAACUCUGAAGCCAGUGUCUAGCUUACUAAGAAAAGAGUUGUACAUAAUAUUUAAGAUGCUGAGUAUUUCAUAGGAAAGCUGAAUGCUGCUGUAAAGUGCUCUUUAAGUCUUUUUUUUUAAAUCCCCUUCUAAUGAAUGAAACUAGGGGAAUUUCAGGGGACAGAGAUGGGAUUUGUUGUAUGAUAAACUGUAUGUAGUUUUUAGUCUUUCUGUAUUGAGAAGCAGUGGUUGGGGCAUUUUUUUUCAGAUGGUUGGCUACACUUGUUUUCCCUCAUGAUAAUAAAUUUGUCAUAACUCAGUAACAUGGACUUUGCCCUUAGAGGUAGUUGUUAAUAAUUUUGAAAUAUUAAGGCCUUGCCAAGGUUCUGAAGAUUCAAACCUGUACUACUGAUUAUUAAGCAGGACAGACUGAGCUUACUGUUGGCAAAUAUCUUGGAGGAGAAAGUAAUUUCUAAAUAUACAGAGAGGUAACUUGACUAUAUAUGUUACGUCCUGUGCUACCUCCCUUCUUAUUAAUAUUUGAUAAAUAUUUUAAUUUAUGUAAAACUUCUAAAGCAGAAUUAAAGCACCUCUUGGGGAAAUGGCAAGUCUUUAGGACAGGUGAGGCCCUGUAUGAAUAGUACCAAAGCAUUACCGUAUGGUAGAGAACACACUCUAUUAAAAAUGGUAAGCUAUCUGAAAAAUAAAAUGUGCGGGUCUUCAGGAUGGCACAAAACAGGUUAAUGCUUCUUGGGGCACAUUUCUUAGAGGGCUUGCUGAGUGUGUAAAUAUAAUCGACUUUUGUUUGUGUUACAUGACUUUGAUGACUUCACUGAAAAUCUGCACAAUUCAGUUUUAGCUCUGGAUUACUUCAGUUGACCUUUGUGAAGGUUUUUUUUUUUAUCUGUGUAGAGUGGGUGUUUGACUUGUUUUAGCCUAUUAGGUUUUUAUUUUCUUUCACCCUGUAUUAAUAGUAAAAUUUACUAAAAGAAAAGAGGUUUGUGUUCAUGUUAAGUGGGUUGGUUUUGGUUUGGCUUCUUUUAGUUAGGUUUUCUGAACAUUGAGAUAUCCUGAACUUAGAGCUCUUCAAUCCUAAGAUCCUUAUGAAAAGCUUCUCACUGGAACCCAAACCAGAGUACUCUUACUGCCUCUUUUCUAAAUGUUCAGGAAGAAGCAUCACCAGUUUAGUCUUUUCAUAAUGAGGGAGAAGCAUUUGCCUGCCUUGUAAUAACAAGACUCAGUGCUUAUUUUUAAACUGUGUUUUAAAAAUUGGAUAGUAUAAUAACAAUAAGGAGUAAGCCACCUUUUAUAAGCACUGUGUAGUUUUAUAGUUCUUAAUCUAAACAUGUUAUAUUAUCUUCUUUUGGAAAAAUCCUACAUGCUACAAGCCACCAGAUACACAGAUUAUACAGUGAGUUGGGUCGUCUCUCCCACAGUCUUUGAGGUGAAUUACAAAAGUCCAGCCAUUAUCAUCCUCCUGAGCUAUUUUGAAAUGGUUUUUUUUUUUUUUUUUGUACAUUUUGGCUGCAGUAUUGGUGGUAGGAUAUACUAUAAUAUGGAUCAUCUCUACUUCUGUAUUUAUUUAUUUAUUACUAGACCUCAACCACAGUCUUCUUUUUCUCCUUCCACCUCUCUUUGCCUGUAGGAUGUACUGUAUGUAGUCAUGCACUUUGUAUUAAUAUAUUAGAAAUCUACAGAUCUGUUUUGUACUUUUUAUACUGUUGGAUACUUAUAAUCAAAACUUUUACUAGGGUAUUGAAUAAAUCUAGUCUUAUUAGAAAAUAAAA